AUGACAACGGAUGCUGAAGGCGACGUUGAAAUGACUGUACCGCAACCGGUCUUCGAGGUAGUGCAGGCGCCGAGUCUCAACGCCUGGGACCAGGCGUCGCUAGUAUCGUGGGUGCGUCAGCGGCGACAGUAUGAAGCAAAACUUCGCAAUCGCUGUGCAGUCACGGGCGAGGAGUAUGAUCACAUCGUCACCUCCAUUCGCAACUCGAUCGAGCCCCGCAUUCUCGAUCAUCUAGCCCGCUUUGUGUUGAAGAAGCAGCCUAGCGCCGUGACGGAUGAAGACUUAGGCCUAGCAAUUACACGCCGGUGCUCGUCGCUACAGAAUAGCCAUAUUCCCGACAUGGACCAGCUUUUCACCGAGCACCUACGCAUGGACCUGCAGAUUGAAGACACUGAGGCCCGCAUUUUGAACUCUUUCGUGCUUUUCGAUAGGAUCAUUGAGGAACAUGAUCUGAGUGGAAUUCUCGGGAGCGGUCGUGAGGAUGAGGCUACGUAUGAAGCUGCGCUGUAA